GUGUUAUUGGUGCUGGUGGUGAUGGUGGAGAGCUAGUCGUCCAAAAAAUUCAGCGCAGAGAGAAAUCUAAAGUUUGAGCGCCAACACGGAUUUUCUUUGGGAUAAACGCACAGGCCUCGCUGCUAAAACGAUGCCCUAUUCAAGGCGGUACGCAUCGUCAGAGCGGGCCAGCCGCAGCAGCUAUCAGGACCGCUAUCGUGAGCGUGAUCGAGAGAGAGGGAGAAAGCCACGCCAUAGGCGCUCGCGGUCUUUCUCCUCAAGCAGUGAGCGGGAACGGAGGGGACGAGGACACAGGCAGGAGGCCACUUAUGCACGCUCCAGAAGCUACGACAACCGCUCUGUGGACAGGAGGCCGUACGACAGGCGCUACGGUGAAAACUACCGGCGGCAGGAGCACGAACGAGAACGCGACCGUGAACGCGAGCGACUGACCCCCGACGGCUUCCACUCGCGCGACGCUUCGACCAGUUACGACUACCGCCGCACGCACCAGCGCCACAAGAGCAGCAGGCGUAAGCACAAACGAAGGCGGCGUAGAACCAGGUCCUAUAGCCCAUCCUCCUCGCGGAGUGCCAGCGGGACGCGGCCGCUAUGUGUGAGGGACGACGAGGAGGGUCACCUGAUCUGUCGGAGUGGCGACGUCCUGCAAGAGAGAUAUGAAAUUGUUGGCACUCUGGGAGAGGGCACGUUUGGAAGGGUGAUGGAAUGCAUUGACCAUCGCAGAGGUGGAGCUCAUGUGGCCCUGAAAAUCAUUAAAAAUGUUGAGAAGUACAGGGAGGCUGCGCGACUGGAGAUCAAUGUCCUGGAGAGGAUCAAUGAGCGAGACCCUGAAAACAAAAAUCUUUGCGUGCAGAUGUUUGACUGGUUUGACUAUCACGGCCACAUGUGUCUCAGCUUCGAGCUGUUAGCACUCAGCACCUUCGACUUCCUGAAGGAGAACAAUUACCUCCCCUAUUCCAUCAGCCAGGUCCGACACAUGGCCUACCAGCUCUGUCUAGCCGUCAAAUUUCUGCACGACAACAAGCUGACCCACACAGAUUUAAAACCAGAGAAUAUUCUCUUUGUUAACUCAGACUUCACUAUAUCAUACAGCGCGGAGAAGAAGAGAGAUGAGCGUGCGGUGAAGAGCACUGCAGUGAGGGUAGUUGAUUUUGGCAGUGCUACGUUUGACCACGAACACCACAGUACCAUCGUCUCCACCAGGCACUACCGUGCACCUGAGGUUAUUCUCGAACUGGGUUGGAGUCAGCCUUGUGAUGUGUGGAGUAUCGGCUGCAUCCUAUUCGAGUAUUACCUUGGCUUCACACUUUUUCAAACUCAUGAUAACAGGGAGCACUUAGCCAUGAUGGAGAGGAUACUGGGUCCUGUUCCUUCUAGGAUGAUCCGCAAAACGAGAAAACAGAAGUACUUUUACCGUGGACGUCUAGACUGGGAUGAAAACUCCUCAGCAGGAAGAUACGUCCGAGAGAACUGCAAGCCCUUGCGACGGUACAUCCUGUCUGAGGCGGAGGAGCAUCACCAGCUGUUCGACCUGAUCGAAGCCAUGCUGGAGUACGAGCCGCCCAAACGCAUCACUCUGGCCGCAUCGCUCAGGCACCAGUUCUUCCAGAGUCCCAUCAGUGCUGGGGAGCAGACGUCGGGAAAACCCUGGGAGACCAAUCGUGAUAUUAGCCGGUGACCUUUGACUCUACCUGCCUUAGAAUUAAUUUUUUUGGCGGCAAAAAAAAAAAAAAAAACUUCACGUUUUUUGAGGGGCUGUGAACAGAGGGGACGUGCAACAACAAUUGGGGUUUACUUGGUAAAACUUUUUUUUUUUUUUUUACAUUUUCAGGCAACCUCACUGACCAAGUAGUUUUAAGGUGGACGGAUUUAUCGGGUUGCACUGCCGUGUCAGCUUUAAAGCAUGUAAGGAUGAAGUAGGACCCGUUUACAGUAGUUUUGUAUUUAUGGAGUGCAUCAUUUCAAAGGUUAACCUAGACGCAGAGUCUUCCACACAUCAAGGACACGAUGGAACGAACUAUUGACCAUCUAAAAAUCAAAUACUGCAAACUUGAAAUAUGUGGAAAAGCAUACAAGAUCUCACGUGUUGUUGCGUAUAUAACCAUCUCUAAUUGUAAAAUGGGCAAAACAAGGUGUUUGUUUUCUAGAAGCUUUGGAAAAAACAUGAAUGUAAACACGAAGUUGGCUGCAUUUGGAAGCUGAGCCUGAAUCACGGACUCCAAUAUAGUAGUGUUUUUAUUGGACAGGAAAUAGUUGAAGAGCUGUUUCAGCAUAGACACACUCCUUGAUCCUAGCUCUGUUAGUCUCAUCCGACAGCAGCUACUGUUCUCUGUAGCUCACUGCUACACACACAUGCGCGCGCACACACACUCUCUUUCUCUCUAGUAUUUUCUAUUGAAGCCUUUUGUUCAUGUAAUCAAGCACAGAAUUUUUUUUUUGUGCUCUGUGUCAUUCUUGCCAGCACAGGUUUACAGUAUUUAUUUGAAUCAGCAUUAUUUUUGUUGGUGUGUUUUUAUAUGAAGCUAAAGGUGUAUAUCUGUAUAUACAAAUAUAUAUGUAUCUAUAACUGUAUAGAAUAAAGGUUCUGUCUGUCUGCCUGGCGUUUGUUGAAGUCGUGGCAGCAAACGGCAGAGAUCAAGUGCGUGUACAUUGUUUAUACCUUUAAAAGGAAACUAAACAGUUUAUUCUUUGUAUAUUGCAUUGCCUGUGCUGUUUUAUUUGCUUAAUGAAGGCGUGUGAUAGGAUCGACUUUCUCUGUAAUGUCCUAAUAAAGUCAGAACACAAGGUAAACAAUA